AAAUAUAUUUUUGCAAGAUGUCUUUGGUAAAUUUCCAAGCGCGUUUGCUUUGCUUUUGCCUUACUAUUUUGUUGUGAUGAUGUGAAAAGAAAUACUUAUAAUUUCAAGUUUCUGUGUAACAAUAUCGUUAAAACGGGCAGAGAAUAUACUGAACGGUUACCAAUAUUGUAUUGUUACAUUUGACUUUUUAUUUUAUUGGAACUAUCGCUACAAAUGUCCGUUACAACUUGUGUGCACUUCAUCUAGGCACCGCUUGGUUUUCAUCUCGAUACUAAAGAAGUGUAAGUUCCUAUGUAACAGAUUAUUCGUAGUGUUCUGCUUUUAACCCCGAGAGCUUGAACAGUGUAUGGAAUGUGAGUCUCACGAGGAAAAUGGAAGAGAUCGGGUGUCUGCGGCACCGCGGGCAGUUCGGGCAGUCGGCGGCGUCGGACGCGGCGGCGGGCGCGUGCGUGUGGCCGGCGCCGCUGCGGCAGCUGGCUCGCGUGCUGUCGGCGCAGGUGGCGGCGCUAUGGUGCCAGCUCACGCGGGUCUCGUCGCCGCCAACGCUCUCGCACCACUCGCUCCCUUUAUGAGCAACAUGGAUGAAAUAUCUUAUUGGAUUUGCACCAAGCGGGCACCUUGCCUGAUGAACUAUGACAAUGUUAAAAAUCAAACUGAGCAAGCACAGUGUUCCAAAAGUAAACCAAAAAGUGUUCCCAGUGCUGCCGAGGUGCCUUCGCCUAAAAAGAAAAAGAAGAGAAAGCUGUCUCUGUUAGAAGACGACUCUGGGUCUGCGGAGAAGCAGCAAAAUGUUUACUUUGAUUCUUCUCAACAGCAGAAGCCCACUGUGAUGAGUAGUUGUAAGUCUGACACAUUAGGUUCAGACCUGGACUUCAAUAUCAAGAACACUUCAGUGCAAGGCAAGUCCAAGAGAUCAAGACAACAGAAAAACAGUAGGACUACAUUGCACAAGAAGAAUAAAGUGAUCACAUCCACUCCCAAGGUGAUGAACCUACGAAGGAGUGUGCGCCAGGCACAACAGACCCUCAACAACAACACUCAGCUUAAUAGUUCCUUUGAGAUAUUCAAUAAUAGUCUAAUCAAUGGCAAUAAACAUGCUCAAAUUGAACACAAGUCACCCGAGAAGCUGAAGAAGUCUCCAGAGUUACUAGCAGGAGGAGACCAGACUGUGGAUAAUAAAAGAAACACGCCAGCCAGCAAGGUGAACAGGUCUAAAAAUGAGCUGCACAGUGGACAGUUUGAAGAUCUCAGUGAUGUGUCUGGCUUUACUGCUAAUUACAUAAGGUCCACAAAAAUACAGUCUACCAAAACACCUAGAAAGUUAAGAUGUAAAAAUAGUAGGAACUUGGUGAAAGAAUCACGGCAAUGUUUACAGAAGGACAACACUAUGGUAGUGUGUGUGAACAAGUCUAUGAACACCGGAAUACCUAAAUCGGCAGCACUGAACUGCAGUACGGAGUCAGAAAAUGUGCUAAACUUAAUAACCAAGGGUGUUGAUAAGUCUGUCAAGGUUAGCAAAAGUACAUCUUUACUCAAGUUCAUGGAUGUAAAAAAUAGCAAAAGUGUAAAGGAGUCCAACAAUAAAGUGGAUGGCAGCCGAACUCGAGCCAAGGCCAACCUGAAUGUAUCAUUCCAGUCACAGAGCACCACAUCACGGUAUCCGAAACGCUACCGCAAUCAAACCACAUCAGACGUGGUAGAGGAUACUGGUGAUUCAAACCAAGCAGACAAAAAACGAAAGAUUAGUAAAAAUUCAAGUGACUUUAACAAUUCUGAUAGAAAAGAGAAUCCAGAAGCUGCAGUGGUUUCUAGGACUAGAAGUGGCAGGAACAUUGGCCUAACACUAAGGCAGCCUGAGAACUCUGUUCUGGUUCUGAGCAAUUCUACAGAGCAGGUGAGCUCCAUGGUGACCAUGAAUGUGGCCGGCCCCACACCUCAGAGGGAUACACUCAAGAAGAAGAAAAGGAUCACAAGACAUUCACGUUCAAAGAAAGCACUUGAAAAGCAGGAAAGUCCACUACGGGACUCUCUACGAGACAAGAGUGGGUUUGCUGCUUGCUUCUCUGACAGUGAUGAUAGUGAACCUCUCAAGCAAAGGAAAUUCUUCUGUGCAUAAGACAAUGGACUUGUCGCAGGCUUUCUUGCAGAUUGACAUUUAUGGAUGUAGACAUACUUGAUGUACAGGGGUAGAGUCAAUAAACUUAUGUAAAGGAAACUUGUAGACAUGGAGCAUUUUAUUCACUUACUGAUUAAAUUGGAUUAGGGACCUCUACUAUACGUCAUUAGUAUUGUAUACUAGAUAAAAUAAUGAAUUUAUAUUUACAUUAGGUAUAAAAAUUGUACACAUUCCAUUUGUAAUAACACAAAUAUGAUAAAUGUUUCAUAUUCUUUAACUAUUGGCUCAUGGUUGCCCCAAAUUGGAUAAUUUUGUAGCAGGUUUUGAUCAGGUUUAGCUAACAUUGCUGUUCUAAUUUAAUCACUAAGAUAAGGCAUUACUUUUCCUCUGCCCUUGUUGGACUUCCAUUGCUUGACAAGACUAGAAUUGUAUAAAUUUGCUCAGUGCCUGUAAUGUUAUUGCACUCUGUAUAUUAUCGACAUGUAUGUCCAUGUUAGCAUCUAGAUAAUUGUAUUUAACUUAUGAUACUAGUGUAUUGCAUACUCGUUGUAUAAAUGUAACUGAGGCAGGCGUUGACGAAGCAGGGCCGUCAGAAUAUUUGUGAUUGAUGAAUGUGUUUAGACUGUAGUGUUAAUUAAGAUUGUUACUUCGCCAGUCGCGCAGCAGUGCGGUCGCCGCUCCGCGUGACGUCGACGCGCGGCAAGAAGACACGCGUUGGAUUGGCUAACUGACAACAUAAACACAAUAUUGGAACACAAAUAAGAUUUGUGUGUGAAAUCUUUGUUUUAUACAGUGCCAUUGUAUAUUGUAAUGUAUUAUACACUGAUAUAUCUAAGUUUAUCCAUGACUGUGGCACAUUGUAGAGGUAGUUCAUUCUCGAUCAAUUAAUGGGAAAAUUGACACACCUAUUAUGAAAUAUAUUUUAAGUAUGUACAUGCAUAUUAGAUGUCAAAUGUAAUAAAAUGAAGUAUACUGAACAUUGAUUACAUCAGUAUAUUUGGUAUCAAUUGAUUGAUUUUAUUGAUUGUAAAAAUUUUAUACCAGAUUAAAUAUGUUAUAUUAUG